CCCCAUACACUCCGUCCCUGCUGACCAUUCAGUGGAACUCUGCGACACACAGUUCACCAGUUUAGGUACUACUGAAAAAAACAAAAAGCAAAAUGGCUCAGACAAACCCAAUGCCCAUGGGCCCUUGGAAGAUCACCGUGUACGAUCAGGAGCACUUCCAGGGCAGACGUAUGGAGUUCACCGCCAGCUGCCAGAACAUCAUGGAGUGUGGGAUGGAGAACAUCCGCUCCCUGAAGGUCGAGUGUGGCGCCUGGGUGGGCUACGAGCACUCCAGCUUUUGCGGCCAGCAGUUUGUCCUGGAGAAGGGAGACUACCCUCGCUUUGAGGCCUACAGUGGCAGCAACUCCUACCGCAUUGAGAGGAUGAUCUCCUUCAGGCCCAUCUGCUGCGCUAACCAUAAGGACUCCCGCAUGACCAUCUUCGAGAAGGAGAACCUGGCGGGUCGUCAGUUCGAGCUGUCCGAUGACUUCCCCUCCCUGCAGGCCAUGGGCUGGAUGAACAAAGAGGUUGGAUCCAUGCACAUUCAGAGUGGAGCAUUUGUGUGCUACCAGUACCCUGGAUACCGUGGCCAGCAGUACAUCUUGGAGAGUGACUUGCGUGGAGGAGAGUACAAGCGUUACAGGGAGUUUGGCUCCCACGCUCAAACCUCCCAGAUCCAGUCCAUCAGGAGGAUCCAGCACUGAGAGGGAAGCAUUUCCUUUACUCUUACUUUUCACCUCUUCAUCUUCCUUCUCCUCUCCCUCCUCCUGAAAUUCCAUCCCUCGUUCUGUUCCUCCUCCUUCCACCCCCUAACCUCCAUCUCUUCGGCUCCACUGGAUCCCAAGUUGGUCUUCAGGUGCUUACUGACUGUCAGUUGCUCACGGUACUUUUUUGUUUUUUAAAGAAACCUCCCAAAAGAAAGGAAUGAUGUAAGAAAGACUGAAAAUCGGAAUGACAGAAAGAGAAAAAGUGAACCAGCGUGCAAGAGAGGCCUCGUCUUCCGAGGUUGGCUGCACAGCGGUGAAAACCCCUUAAAGGUUUUGCUCUUUUUCAUCUCUACCAGCGAUGGCAUCAUCAUCUUCAUCAACACCAUCGUCUCUGUUCUCUGCAGCAACACAACAACCUGUGAUACCUGUGAUAUCCCUGACUGCCUGUGUUCAAGACGAUGAAUAAAGAGAUUGAGCAAAGAAA